AAUGUUUGCAAGCUCUGCCAAGAAGGGCCAGAUGAAGAAUUGUUUGGGAAAUUUUUUGUGGAUGAAAGCAGUGGUUUUUCAGUGCACCAGUAUUGCAUGUUUUUUGCCUCAGGGUUAGCUCAGAAAGGGGAAGAUGAUGAAGGAUUUGAUGGAUUUUUAAUUAACGACAUCAAAAAGGAAAUAUCAAGAUCAAGAAGACUGAGAUGCAAUUUCUGCAGAAAGCCUGGUGCAACAAUUGGCUGUUGUGAUAAAGGAUGUCCCCAAACUUUUCACUACAAAUGUGGAAGACAAAAAGGAGGCUUAUUUCAGUUCUUUGAUAGCUUCAAUUCUUUUUGCCUGGUGCAUCGUCCCACCCAGGGAGUAAAGUUGGAGUUAAAUUCAAACCAAACUUGUCCAAUCUGCUUCUGCAAAAUAGAAUGGAACAGUAAGACGCCAGUCAAUGAUAUUCCACUUGUAACACCCUGCUGUAAAAAGACCUGGUUCCACAGCAGUUGCCUUCAGAAACAUGCACAGUCAAGUGGCUUGUAUUACUUCCGUUGUCCAAUUUGUAAAAACAUGGAUGAAUUUCAAGAGGAAAUGAAGCGAAUGGGCAUCUUCAUUCCAGAACAAGAUGCCAGUUGGGAGAAAGGCGAUGCAUUUGCGGACCUUCAUUUACAGUACAGUCGCUGUGAUGCAAAGAGGUGCAUCUGUCCAAAUGGCAGGGAACAUAGCGAAACUUCUGGAGAAUGGCAUAUACGUUUAUGUGACAUCUGUGGCCAGGCUGGAACACACGUGAAAUGCCAACACUGGAGGAGAUCACCAGGAGAGUGGUACUGUGACGUAUGUGGAGACAUUAAUCCCUUCUCCUGUACCCGACAGAGAAAGAUCGGUGAUCGCUCGAUGGAUCUUUCCUGCAUUGAUGAUGAUGACGAGAGCUCGUCGGCUGAGGACCUUGAUGUCAAUGUGUGUUCUGUGUCCGAUGAUGAAAUUUCUUAUGAGACAGUCAGGGACUGCGAUGCUGUUGGUACAAGACACACCCUUAGGGGUGAGGGCAGUGUUGAGAAGCUUGUUAAAGAGGGGGCAUCACCCAUGAGGAAACGUCGCCGACUUUCCCUGGAGUGCACUGGUGGUAAAUCUCCAAGUUCCGGCAGUAACAAAGAAGGCCACUCAAAAACAUCACUAGAUACUCCAACCUGUAGUGGUACUCAAUUUAAAGAUAUGACACCUCAGUUGCUAUUUGCCAUAUCUGACACUAUUUUUAGUGGAGUUGCAGUUACAAGUCAAGGGUCUGGUGACAUAAAGCAAUGGACACAGACAAGUACAAGUUCGAAGGAAAGUGAAACAAUUUCCAUAGACUCGGAUACAGCAUCAGAAGCCAGCGUAGAGCUGAUUAAGACCGAGAGAAAACCAGAGCUGCUGGACUUGAAAAGAAGACCCAUUGCUAAACGUGAGAAAAAGAUCAAAUCAGAAAACUAUACCAGCUCUGAAACGUCAGUUAGUGUGGCAAGUAGUGAAAGCCCUAGCGAACGAAAACAAGGUCUAUCUACGACAACAGAAAAGAGAGGCAUAGAUGUUGUAGAGGCAGAUUCAAGUGCUUUUUCUGUCAAGGUCGAAGAAGGUACAGAGCCAGGAUCAGAAGUCAAUUUGCCAGUUUCAGACAGCAAGCAAAAUGGUGUUGACAGUGAUGACGAUUCCUGCAUUAUUACGAACGUCGUGAAGAAGCCCUGUCCUGUUGGCAAUGACAAGUUUGGUAUGAAGUGUUUCCUUGAAUGCUGCAAUCCGAAAAUUUACUGUGAUUUCCAUCAGUUUUCAACGAGCGCUAAGACCAGGGAUUUACAAAUCACAACCGUCAGUAGCACAAGUGGUACUAUUUGUGAUCAUUUUAAAGAGAAAUCUAGUCUAGCCAUGGAACAAAAUUCCCUCUCUGAUCAAGCAUCCGCAGGGUCGAAUAAGGAGGAGAAAGCGCGGGUAUGUUCCGUUGGGACCAACACUUUGCCUUUUAAACCAUCUUCCAGAAGAGAAAAACAACUGUCAACCACGGAGACAACAACUACGCAAAGCCUUUUUCCAAAAGGCAAGACACCAGUUUCUUCGUCUGAUCCGAACAAAAAACUUAGCUUGCGCAGCAAGAAGCCUGGCAAUUACCUGGAGAGGUCAGUGAGAGAGUUCCGUUCUCUUCGUGAAAAUAACGUGGCUGUCACUCACAACUGUUUUAGGUAAUGAUGGUUAGAAGUGUAGUUAGAAGAAUAUCCUAAUAUACUAGUAUCAUUUCCGAGUUACCUUGUGCCGUUGUUUCAAAACUAGUCUUCAUGCAAAAUCUUUCAUAAGAAAAUGAGGUUGAUUUGCAUGAAAAAGAAAACCUGUACGGGCUACACAUUUUCAUAUGACUGGUUUGGCACGAAGCCUCGUUUUGACACAGGUAAAAGGCAACUCGGAAGUGGCCUAUUGUCAAAAACGUUCACUCAUUCCUUCCACCUUGUGUUCUUACUGUGUAAGCAACUUCGGCAGCUGGCUGUGAAA